GGUAGGAGUCGUGAAAAUGUUGCUGCUCCCUCCGAUUGAAUUGGUUACAUUUUUGUUGAUUCGGUGAUACUCGUGUUUUUGUAGAGAUCACCUGCGGAUUGUUUCCUCUGAAGUUUUCCUUCCAUCGAUUGCUGUCUAUGCCUUCUGGCUGACUUCACCCUCUCUGAAAGAAUCUUUUCUACCGCAUCUUCAAUAGCAGAAAUUACAAUUUAUUUUUCAGUUUCUCUUUUUGGUCAUGGAUGAUUUUGUGCGAGAAAAACUAAUUGAAUGGGAUCUACAAAAGUGGAUGGAUAAAUUUGAAGAUGAAGAAAUUACACAGGAAAGCUUUUAUGAACUUAAUGAUGAACUCAUUGAUAAACUGAUUCCAAAAGUUGGACCAGGAUUAAAGUUCAAGAAGAGAUUCAAGCAGUUAAAGGAAAAACAAAGCGCAAAUGAGGAAACAGUCAAUUUAUCUGCUGAAGUUUUGCCAUCCACAAGUGAUAAAGGAAAGAGAAGGUUCGACCAACCGGAUGAGUCCAGCAAAUUGCAACCACCAGCUAAACGACAACGUAGCUCCCAACCAUUGGAAGCAAUCGUGCUGUCUGAUGUAAAAAACAUAAUGAAAUUCGUCCAUGCCAGACUACACGAAAAAGACAAGCUCAGUGCUUUCCUGAAGAAAAAAAUUAGUGAUUUGGAGACAGACAAGAGGGAGCUGGUUGGUGUCUUUGGUAAAACUGGGGCUGGAAAGAGUUCUCUGAUAAAUGCCAUCAUUGAAGAGAAGAACCUUUUGCCUUCUGGAAGUGUCAGUGCAUGCACCUCAGUCAUGAUCAAAGUGGAGGCUAACAUGCAAGGCUCUAACUAUGAGGCAGACAUUGAGUUCAUCACACCAGAGGAGUGGAAAGAUGAGUUGUGGUCAUCUCAUCAGUUUCUUGGGGAUAAUAAAGACUGUGAAAUGGAUGUUGAUAAUGACUAUCGUGACAUCAGUGAAAAGUUUUCAGCGCUCUAUGGAGAAGAAUGGAAAGGAAAGUCCUCUGACGAUCUCAUGGAUGGAAAAUAUUUCAGAGAAAUUCCAGAAUUUCUCCAAGGCAGGAGGAAGAUUUUGACAUGUGAAUCAGCUAAAGAACUCUCUGCAAGAUGUGUCAAAUACACAAGAAGUGACUCUAAACAGGGAGAUGGUAAAGAUGUAAAGAAGUGGUACUGGCCUCUAGUGAAAUGUGUGACUGUCAGGGUGCCAAACAAUGAUUUUCUCCAGCAUGUCACACUUGUGGACCUUCCUGGAAAUGGUGACCGUAACAAGAGUCGAGAUAAAAUGUGGAAACAAAUAGUUGAAAAUUGUUCUACUGUGUGGAUUGUGACUGAGAUUAAUAGAGUAAUCGCAGAAAAAGAAGCCUGGGAGAUCCUGGAAAGUGCCAGCAGCUAUAUUGGAAAUGGUGGCGAGUGUCGACAAAUCCUAUUUAUCUGCACUAAGUCAGAUCAUAUUGAAGAUUCAGAUGAUCAGUCAGCAGCUCAACGCCGGGACCUUAUAGUUAAAAGAAACAUCCAAGUCAAAGAUGAAGUGAGGAAAGAAUUCAGCAAGCUACACAAAAUUAAGAAACACUUCACUGAUGACCAUUUCAAAGUCUUCACAGUGAGCUCCAAAGAGUUUCUAAAAAAGAAACGCUUAAAUGCGGAUGAAACUGAAAUACCCAAACUUCAGCAAUUUUUGCAAGAUCUCAAUGACUGUCACUCAGAGACAUUCAACUAUGUGUCUGGAGCUUAUGGGAUUCUGUCUUUGAUUCAAGGGGCCAACUGCAGAGGAGUGGCUGGUAAAAAACAUGUGUGUGGAGAACUUGAGAGAACAAUGAGCCAACAACUUAAGCAAGUCAAAAAAGCAAUGGCAGAGGCCUAUAGGACUUUUGAGAGAUGCCUUAGCAAGGGAGUUGAGAGCUCCAUCUGUUCAUAUGGACAAAAACUGAAGUCCUUCCUUUUUAGAAAGAAGGGCAGUGCUUUUCACAUGACACUAAAGCGUGUUGUUCAGAGUGGUGGCAUCUACAAACCAAAAAAAGGGAAGCAAAUAAACAUUAACAUGAUGUUAGCUUCACACUUGAUGGACAGCAUUGAUGAAGAAUUCAGAAAGACCUUCCCAAAUGAAGUUAAAUGUGGCGCAUUUAAUGGUGUAAUUGAAACAUUCUCACUUAACACCGAUUUUUUGAAUAAACACCACAAAGAUGUUGAACUGCAGCUGAGAUUUCUCAAGACAGAGGAGGAAAAAAUCAAGGCAAAACUCAAUAAAACCAUCCGGACGCAGAAGAAAGAUGUCUACAACAGUGUGACACAGAAAAUUAAAGAAACUAUGGAAGAAUGCUACAUCAAGGCCGCAGCAUUCAGAGGACCAGGCACACUGAACAACAUGAGGGAGACUAUUGAGAGACAUGUGCACUCAAAUAAGGGCAUGUUUGAGCAGGCAAAAAAUACCAUGUUGGAGAAGCUGAAUGCCUUGAUGCAAUGCAUCCUGGUGACACUGCAGAAAACGAUGAUGGAAUCAAUUGAACUCUCACUUAAGACUGAUAACGGCUCACUUCCAGAUUUUUCAGCAGAGCUUUCAAUGGUGAAGGAAAAUUAUGACAAACUUGCAAAUAGCCCAGUCAUCAGAUGAAGAAAUGUCACUAACUGAGGGAAUAUCAAAAGGUCAUAUUUUGACUAGGAACUGAUUUUUUUCUUAUAAUUUUGAGAUGUGUAAUUCCACAAUUUUACUAAGGAGAUCCUCAAUUUUCAAUAUUGUAUUUGUUUUAUAAGCAUAAUUUUAACAUUUCAAUACAUAUUUUAAGCAAAUAUGAUUUCCUUUCAUGUUCCAUGUUAUGUUAAGAUUUUUAAGUGUAUCUUUUCUAUAGUUUUUAAUUUUUUUCAAGCAUAUGUUUUGUUUUCAAUUUUAUAUUUCAGUGUUUUGAUUGUUUUUUUUAUUUUUGUCCCAACAACAGUUGUUUUUGUGUCCUACAUUCGUUCUACUAAAACACACUUAAUGCAGUUCUGAAAUCAGGAACACACUUCCCUAUCCACUUUAGAAUUCCUCAUUGUGUUUGUACACAUUACAAUUGUUUUGACAUGCACAUCAUUACCAAAGACAUUACAUUGUUGUGUUGAUGCAUUUUCUUUUGAAUCUUUCAACUUUUUGCAAUUGUUUUUACUUUUGUCAGUAAUAAGCAGAGAUUUGUGGAGACUGUUUUCAAAAGUGUGUGAGGCGAGUCGCCUACUGUCAGUGGUAGCAGUGAAAUUGUCCUUCAGUUGAAAGUAAAUAAAAAUGUAUGUUCUCAGAAGAAGUUUAGUUGAAACAAAUAAAAGCAUGUAACCACAGAGAAGAUGCAGUGAUGUGGUGGAGGACAUGCAGAGAGUGUGACUGAAGAGAAUGCUAAGAAUAGAGUGAGAUGAGGCAGAUCUGCUGGGGCGACCACUAAACAGAAGCAGCUGGAAAAAGAUGAUAGUUUCACAUGUAUCUUCCUUUUCAACAAUUGCUCUUUAUUUAUCUAUGUUGUUGCAAUACUCUUACCAAAGUCAGUAAGGUUUUAAAGUAAGUGUCCAAGUAGAACAGUUAUAACAGUUUUGGCAAGUUUCUUUUAAUAUUUUUUAUUCAUUGGUCACAGAGUUGAGACAUACUCCACAAUGAUGGUCUUGAAUUAAACGUUUUUAAGGACAAAUAUUUGCUUAUUUUACGAUGAUGGUUCAUGUCAAUGACCACAUGAGAAAUGUUGCAAAAUAGAAGAAACUAUUAAACUACGACGAAAAUGACAUCAUUCAGCUAUUUGCAGCAUUUUUUAAUUUGUUUUAUUUAGUUCAAUCUGCUCUAAAUCUAAAGGUGUGCAUGUAUUUGAUAUGGUAUACUGUUCAAUAAAACAUUAAUAAAGGUGCAAAUUGUGAGAGGGUAACUUUUGUUG